AUUUGUUCCCAUCCAAUACCUCUCGUUUUCUUCUUCAUCUUGGUUCAACUCGAUUCACUCGUGGUUGUCACUUAUAUCAUCUCAGCCAAACAGUGGUACUAUUACCGGGUGCCUGAAGAUAUCCAAACAAAUCAACAAGCACAGUCAGUCAUCAUGGGUGUCGGCACAUUCUUUCACUACUUCGGCACAGUGCUGCUGCUUGCUGCCACUGCACUCCUUAUCGUCGUGUCGGUUACCUCGCCGGUGGUCAACAACCUCUCUAUUCUGAAGAUCGACUUCAGUGGCAGCAGCACUGUAGACAGAAUAACAUAUGGCACGUUUGGGUACUGUAUCAUCAACUCAAAUGGAAAAGAUGAUUGUACUAGCGCCCACGUUGGCUACGAUGCUACCGGCGCCAUCACACGGGUCACCCAGCUCACCUUCUCCAACAACGACCGUGAUGCCGCCAGAGUCCUUACCAGAGUGCUGAUUUUGCACCCCAUCGCUGCUGGUCUUACCUUCUUGGCCUUUUUGCUCUGCCUGGGCACCAGCUUCCUCGGUUCUUUUGUCGCCUCCCUCUUCUCCGCCCUGGCCUUUAUCGCCACAGUCAUCGCCAUGGCAUGUGAUUUUGCCGGCUUCGAGAUCAUCAAGCACGCCGUCAACACCAGGGGCCCCAACAACAUCGAUGCCCGCUGGGGUCCUGCUGUUUGGUGCAUUCUCGCCGCUGCCGCUUUGACCCUCGUUGCAACUAUUCUGGUAUUCGUUACCUGCUGUGCUGGUCGUGUUAAGAAGAACCGCACCCGCCGCGGCAAGACCGACUACUAAGAAGGAAUGCCUUUCCAUUAUCUCUACGAAAAGAAAGAAAACUCCUGCGGGUUCUACUCAGCAAUUAUUAUGGUAGCGAUUUCCGAUCUGUCAUGAAGAAUAAACUCAAAGAGAAAAAAGAAUGAAGAUAUGAAUGGAGAAGAACAUACAGCAAAGAAUGUUUUAGUGCUUGGUUUGUGCGCGCAAGGGGGAGGAUCUCGAUCAUGAUACCACAACAGGGGCACGUUAGUUUGGGGGUUGAUCGUGCUGGGACCUGAAUGAAUGUCUCUUUAUAUAUUUAGUGCUUAAUAUUGUAACGCCCAAUCGUUUUAUGAUGAAUUUAAAUACUAGUGGAUUAAGUCUGCAAUACAUUUAUCACUUAUC